AUGGCAGCCGCCGCCGCUGGCGCGCGCCGCGUGGGAGGGCGCGCGCCCGGGGUCUGCAACCGGCCCAACAGGCGGGCACGGGGGGCGUGUAAAGAACGCAGUAGAAACAUCCUCCAAGCCAUCGCCACCAAAUCCACCUUUUCCAUUGCCCUUUUGUGCCAUGGGCCUUUUAUGAGCACCUCUAAUUUUGCAGACGUGGCGUUCGACAAAUACUUAUUUAGCACCUCCUGUGUGUGGAGCGAUAGAAGGAAGAUUGAGACGCCAUCUCACCUCCAGAAGUUACAGUUUGGAAGAGUGGCCCCGGAGCUACCUCGCAAGGGGUCUCCCGCGCUGCACCGCCAGCACCCUACGUUGGAUAACGAUGAUUCCUACUUGGGAAAAGCCCGAGCUUCCAAGAAACUACCAUAUAAGAACCCAAAUCACCUUGCUCAGCAACAGGAACCCUGGAGUCGGCUCAACUCAACUCCCACAAUCACCUCCAUGAGGCGGGAAGUUUAUUUUUUUGAUCCUGAGAUACCCAAGGAUGACCUGGAUUUCCGCUUAGCAGCCUUGUACAACCACCACACAGGGACAUUCAAGAACAAAAAUGAGACACUCUUACAUCAGGAGACCACCCAGGAUACCCAUGGGUAAGUGACCCAAUUCCCUGGAGAACCUUUACCCCCUCCUCUGCCACCUACCAUCACUUCCCAGGCUAACAUCAGACACUGGAUCAACCCUAAGAAGGAGUCUAUCCACAGCAUCCAGGGAUCCAUAGUGUCCCCUCAUACUGCAGCCACCAAUGGAGGCUACUCCCGAAAGAAUGAUGGUGGCUUCUUCUCUACCUAG